AUGCAGAAGCGUAGCAGCUGCACCUUUACCUCGUACGACGACGUCGCCGAUCAAAUCGCCGACUGCUCCUCCGUCACCUUGUCUGGCAUCACCGUCCCCGCCGGCGAAACCCUCGACCUCUCUGACGCAGCCGACGGUGCCACCAUCACCUUCUCCGGCACCACCACCUUCGAGUACUCCGAAUGGUCUGGUCCUCUGAUCCGCGCAGGCGGAAAAGGCGUCACCAUCACCGGAGCCUCUGGCCACGUCAUCGAUGGCAAUGGCGCCAAAUGGUGGGAUGGUGAAGGCACCAAUGGCGGCAAAACCAAGCCAAAAUUCUUCUAUGCACAUUCCUUGACUGGAAAUUCGGUCAUCAAGGACUUGAAUAUCAAGAAUACACCUGUUCAGGCUAUUUCUGUUCAAGCUACUGAUCUUACUAUCUCUGGGCUUACAAUUGAUAACUCUGAUGGCGAUGCUGAGGAUUGUGAUGGUGAGGCUUGCGGUCACAAUACUGAUGCUUUCGACGUCAGCGAGUCUGAAAAUGUGGUCAUCACUGGCUGUACCAUCAAGAAUCAAGAUGAUUGUCUUGCCAUCAACAGUGGUACAGGCAUUACCUUUUCUGACAAUGCUUGCAGUGGUGGCCAUGGUAUUUCCAUUGGUAGUGUGGGUGGCAGAGAUGAUAAUGAUGUUGCCAAUAUCAUCAUCUCUGGCAACACGAUCAAAGAUUCUGCAAAUGGCUUGCGUAUCAAAACCGUCUAUGACGCCACUGGCUCAGUCAAGAAUGUCACCUACACCGAUAACACCAUCUCUGGCAUCUCAGACUACGGUAUCGUAGUCGAGCAAGACUAUGAAAACGGGUCUCCUACCGGUACACCUACUUCUGGCGUUCCUAUUACAGACAUCACUUUCAAUGGCGUAACAGGUACCGUCGACUCUGAUGCCGAGAACAUUUAUAUUCUCUGUGCUUCUUGCAGUGGUUGGACUUGGAGUGGUGUUGAUAUUUCUGGUGGCAAGACUAGUGAUGCUUGUGAAGGUGUUCCCAGUGGUGUUUCUUGCUGA